GGGUUUUCUCUUUUUUUUUUCGCGUUAAUUAUGUUAAAGUGGGGCAUUAUUGGCACAGGCAACAUUGCCCAUACAUUUGCAAAAGCACUUCAAGUCGCUAAGAAGGGUCAACUUGUUGCUGUUGGCAGUCGUUCUUUUGAAACAGCACAAGAAUUUGGUCAAGAAUUUGAUGUGAAACACUGUUUUGGUAGUUACGACGACUUAUUAGCCUCCAAAGAAGUUGAUAUCGUCUACAUCUCGACACCUCAUCCUCAACACUUUGAGUUGGCUAUUAAAACAGCGAGAUCAGGCAAACAUAUGCUGAUUGAAAAACCUAUGGCUAUGAACGAAGCUCAGGUCAAGACGAUUCUCGAGACAGCCAAACAACACAAUGUCUUUGUGAUGGAAGCGUAUAUGUAUCGUUGUCAUCCUCAAACACUCAAAUUAAUUGAGCUGAUUCAAUCAGGGGCUAUUGGUCAAGUCAAAUUGAUCCGAGCCAAUUUUUCAUUUGAUGGAAGACCUUUGGGACCAACAUCAAGACUUUGGAGAAACGAAUUGGGUGGUGGUGCUAUUCUGGACAUUGGUGGAUAUCCAAUGUCUUUCUCUCGUUUGAUUGCUGGUGCUGCCAAUCAUCAAACUAGUGGUGCUAAUCCUAUCAAGGUGAUGGCAACAGGUUAUAUUCAGCCUGAUACACAAGUGGACGAAUGGUCUAAUGCUUCUCUUGAGUUUGAGAAUAAUAUAGCUGCUCAAUUGUUUACUGGUAUCUUUGCAGACACGGAUAGCAGUGUUGAAGUACUAGGAAGUGAUGGUAUGCUUAAAGUAGUUAACCUCUGGAGACCAGAUUUGACACAAUUGGGUCCUGUUCAGAUCGAAUUGACUGAGUAUGGUAAAGAAACAAAGAUCAUUCCUAUUAGAUUGGAAGAAAACAAUCUCUUUGCUAUUGAAGCAGAUGCUGUUGCAGAUGCCAUUGCUCAAGGACAAUUGGAGUGCAAGUAUAUGGACUGGCAAGAUACAUUAGGUCAAGUUCAGGCAAUGGAUGCUUGGAGAAAAGAAAUUGGCUUAAAAUACAAAGAAGAUGCUCAAUAAAAUACAUAGCU